GCCAGGGGUCUGGUCAAGCUUAACUAUGUCAUUAGCCGGCUACUUACCGAGCCAGCAUGCUGCUUGUGUGCUUGCUUGGAGUUUUCAAGAUGUGUUCACUGAACAGCAGGCUCUGAAGACAGGCUCCCCCCCUCAUCGGCAAUGCCCAGUAUUUCACUGAAAAGGAUGAACUAGAGAAGAAACAUUGUUUGGAGUGCCUUUUCCACAUGUGUAUCACAAUGGCUGGAUUUUGUAACUGUCUACGAGGUAAAACGGACCGCAGUAUAAUGGCUUCAGGGCUAUCAGAUGUGGCAGCAAACCAGGAGCCAACAGGCACUCCAGAUGAAUGCCCAGGAAAGAAAAGGUCAAAAUUCCAGGCAUUUAAGAAGUUAUUUGCCAAGAACAAACAAAAUGAGGCUCCCUCACCCACCGGGGUUACUGUUCUGAAGUCCAGUCAGUCCACAGAUGAUGUCAUCACCCCUGAGCCCUUGCUGGUCCAGUCCAACACUGACAAUGACUCAGCGUCUAAGGUUAACAUGGGAACCAAGGCCUUGUCACGUGACAGUGUCUUCCUUUCUGAGUCGCCUUCAUCUGAACCCAACGAUGGCUUGAUCUCCUCACAGGAGAACAUUCAUGGGGAAGUCAAGUCUCUGCAGGAUGACUUUGCUGAGAGUUUACGUGGGUUUCUGCAACUGAAGCAGGCCAUCUGUGUGGGGCCCCACCCAGCCGUCAUCUGCCCAAAGAAAGGGGAUGACACAGGGGCCUUGUCAGAGGAUGAUGGCCUGCCUCACAGUCCUCCAGAGAUCUACACCCUCCACACAGUGCUAGCAGGGUCAUCCCACAGGUCCUCAAACCCUGUCCAAAGAACCAGUUCAUUGAGUCUUGAGGGAUCGGACACUGACAAUGACCAGUUGUACUGUGACGCCUCUUCCAGGCCAGCCACCCCUCUCAUGUCCCUCCCAGUGGACUUCAGCCAGCCCGCCAGUCCAGCUGGUUGUUUAGAUAGUUCAGCUGCCCACCACCGUAUUGCCAUCAAGCACAAGGCCUUCGCUAAACGGAAGCCUGCCAGGAGGAAGAUGUCAGAUGGCAGUAAAUCAAUGGUUUUGGGUGAAGCGCUGGGGCUAAAUGAAGAACUGAGCAUGGGCAGCACAGAGCCAGAUGCAGAAGAACAGGGAUGCAAAGCUGUACCGGUGGAGCAGAUGCAUACAGGUGGAGACAGUUUUGAGGAUCAGGGAGAAAGGACAGAAGCCCAGCAUCUCUCAAGGUUCCAGCAGGCAGGAGAGGAUCCUGGAAUUGUGGUCCAGCUCUUUCUGAGAGAGGGGGAACAGAGUGCUGUACAGGAUCUCUCUGAUAUGGGAUCCCAGCACAUGGGUAUGUCUCAUUCCAUCACCAAGUGCAAACUGGACACAGAGGAAAUCCUCCCAGCUUUGGUCCAGGAGUUCCAGCAGCCCCUUCAGACAUGGGGUGAGGUGAACGAUAAGGAACCUGGUCCAUUGCCUCUGGAGAUGCCCAGUUCUAUGGAGUGUACCCCCACCCUCCUGCCUGCCUCAGAGCCUGAGGGUGAGGUCCCAGAGACACAGCAGGGGUGCAGAUUGGAGGUCAGUUUAGGUGAGGGUCAAGCUACCCCAGACGUUCCCCAUGUUGAGGAACUCUCGUCACCUGGCCGUGAAGGAGUCAGCCCAGAACAAAAUGAAGAGGGGCGUGAGAAAUUGGGAGAGUGUGAUGGGGAAAAGGCAUUUGCCAGUCACACUGGAGAUCAAACUGAAGAGCACUGUUUGCCUGAGGAGGGGAAAGAGGAGAAGGAGGAAGGAGAACAGCAGUGUUUGUCUGAGAAGGAGGAGGAGGAGGAAGGGGAAGAGCAGUGUUUGUCUCAGAGGGAGGAGGAGCUUGAGGAUGAUUGCAUGAAAGCAGAGGUGGAGGUGGCCACACACGUCUAUUGGCAGGAUUCCCCAAGGCAGGAGAAGGAGGAGGAGGAUGUCCAGGACUCUGCAGAUGAAGCAGGCUUGCUGUCCAACACCUAUUCCAAGUGUGGUAGCAAUACAAGCUUGGAAUGCACCAUGGAGUUCUCUUGGUCUGUCCAAGCCGUGGAAGGGGGCAAAUGUACUCCUGAGCCACCAAUCAUGAGCUCACUCAACUCAGACUCUGUCCUGCCAUGCCUAGAAGAAACCAGUUCAACCACAGCAAACAUUUCUUUGAGGGUUGACUCAGAACCCAGCACAGAGAAACAUGAUCUCUCACAAGCCUCAGAUGAUCUUAGGAAACCACAAGCCUGUCCUGGGAGCAAAGCACACUUCACUAUCGCCCCCGUCUGGCAGAGAUUACUACCGACAGGCAGCUCCAAAGAGCUGUUUUUCACUGCCCCUGUGGAACCUGAGGCAAUCGAGGAUUCGCCACAUGGUGCAAGAGACCCUCACCACAAGAUGAUGGACCAGAAUGAGGGACUCUUGCACCCUCAGGAGGCAGAUUCCCUGUCUUGGCCUGAUAAGGCCCAAAGUGCAGCACUCCUCUCUACACCUCGAGGCCACUCACCUGAAGAGGUGGCUAGUGCAGAGAAUCCGUUUGGGGUCAAGCUAAGGGGGACCUCAGCUUUGCUCCGGUACAGCGCUUCUGGCUCAUCGGUGGUCCUGGAAAACGCUACACCAAAAGAACCGUUCAACCCACCACAAUUACCCGUAUUUCAGCUUCGCAACACCAAAUCCUCCCCUCUCAAUAAGGUGGACGACACCACUGCCAAAGUCAAAAAGACACCAGAGCUGGGGCUUGAUGCACCUGAAAGAAAGGUGGCUUCAGCAAGCUGGAUCUUUGCCGCCAGGCAGAAGCAGAAAGUCUUCAAAAACAACUUGCAGGAAGAGACGCCUACGAGACAAUCCCCUUUAGAGAUUGAACCAAAGAGGAAAAUAUUGUUGCCAAUAUCGCUAAAUCAGACCAACGCAGAACAGCCAGAGCCUUCAAGUUCACCAUUAACAGGUACUUACUUCUUUGUGAUUUUACUCAUUUAAUGAUUGGAAAUCAUUUUUGCUAUACUUUGAAUUUAAAUGCAUGGUCAUAAUUUCUACUGUUAUGAUUUCAAAUUGCAGUGCAUUUUGAUCUUUUUGCCAUCAAUGUGCAGAUGUGUACCACUUAUGUCAACCCUUCAUCAUUGGGUAAUUUUCAUCAAGAUGGUCUCUGCAGAUGUGUUUAUCAUUUAGUUGUGCUUCAUUUUGAGGAAGCUGAUGCAAGAAGAGCACAGGUUUCUUCUGACCACACAACCCCCUGAACACCACCAGCAGCCAUUCUGCUAUUUCUCUUUAGCUGGUUACACUCAGAGGUCGCUGCUUAGAAUCAAUGUAUGGCAAGUCUCAAGGCAUUGAAGUGUACAGCAGAGCGGACUGGGGCUGCUUUGGGUUCACAAUACACAAAUUAAGUGGACCUCGAAAAGAAAAGGGGUGGUCUGAGUUCAGUUUGUUUCAGGGGAGCCUGAGAUCUUUUGGUGUGUUCAGAUAUGCACAAAAAUGCUAAGUCAUCAAUCUCAGUCCACUUGAGAGGCUGAAAUGAACCAAGUGUGAAAAUACCCAUAGUUACAGUGUGAUGGACAGCUGUAAGUAAUGAAAUAUUGCCCCUUUGUGGACAAAGUGGUACAUUGCAUUACAAAGUUACCAUACAAUAAUGGAGGGAACAUUGAUAUUGUCUGAUGUGGUCACUCAAUUCUGAGUGUGGCAAACAUAUCAGGGCCAAAGAAGUUUUUGAAGUACUUAAACUCUUCAGAUGGCAAUACAUUUUUAAAAAUUCUUCCAGCUCUGCGCAAAUUUCUCAGAAUUUUCAAGAAAACAUGUUAUUGUAAAGCCAUAUGAACUAAAUGUUUUUGUAAUACUCAUGUAAAUGGAUGCUUCCUCUCAUUAAUCUGCAGACUUUUUACUGGAGUCUAACAGGUUUAACAUUUUUUAAAUAUGGUAUUUUUUCAUCAGUCAAUUAAACAGUGCAUUUCACAUUGUUUCAGUGCACACAGUAAAUCUUGCUUGUCUAAAGCCUCAAAUGUCGCACACAAGUUAGUAAAUCCCCACAAUUUUGCAAAACUGCUUGCAUUUCCAUACUAAAAUGACCAUGCUUUUAUGAGAUCAUUCCAUCCCAAAACAAUGUAGUCCAAACUCAUUGUUUUCAACUUUCCAACACCAUAAGCCAGCUUGAUUUUCAACGGUCACUGGUCUUAUUGCCACCAUACCGACGCACUUUGAUACAGUCCAUUUAAUACAUAUCAUCGGCCCAAAACGGUGAGCUUUUUUUAAAAGCUUUUC